CACUCUCUCAUUUUAGUCGACGUUGUUAAAUCUCAAUUUCCUGGGCUCCACUCAUCACUUAGUUACAAGAUAGAAUAAGACUUCACUAUAAUCACUAUGGGAUCCAACUCAGAUACGCCAGCAAUCCCUUGGAUGCAACUAGGAGAGCUUGACCCUCAGUCAUCUCUUACACCACCCCCUGCGCCUUUCCCGUCGAGUAACAGUGCAGCCGACAACGCGAGACAGAGAUUCGCAGUGAAGGGAAAUGCCAUCUUCACCGGCGGCGCCGGCGCUCUAGCACUCACCUCAGCACGAGCACUCCUUGAACACGGUCUACAAGGCCUAGCUCUCCUAGACCUACCUACCUCCCUCACAAAGAGCAAAGAGCACAUCUCAGCCGUACAGCAUGAUUUUCCCAACGCCAAAAUCGUAACCAUACCCUGCAACGUGACCAUCGAAGCAGAAGUCCAAUCCGCAGUUCAAUCAGCCAUAGACCGUCUCGGCGAUUUGAGAAUCUUAUGCUGCUUCGCAGGAAUAGUCAACUGCGUCCCGUCAAUCGACAUGUCCCUGGAAGAUUACAAGAGGAUGCAAGACGUAAACGCAACAGGAAGCUGGAUCAUGGCGCAGACUGUUGCCAAACACAUGAUCUCCCGUAAAACAGGCGGCAAAAUCGUCUUAAUUGCCUCUAUCAGCGGUCACCGCGUUAACUAUCCCCAGCCACAGCUAGCGUACAAUAUCUCCAAAGCCAGUAUCCUUCAUAUGAAGAGCUGUCUAGCCGCUGAAUGGGCGCAGUAUGGCAUUCACGUCAACUCCAUCUCGCCUGGCUAUAUGGAUACGGUUCUGAAUGAGGGGGAUCAGCUGUCAGGUCAUCGUGCGGUAUGGGCUGAUCGCAAUCCCAUGCGGCGUAUGGGGUCGCCGCAGGAGUUGACGGGGCCGGUGGUGCUUUUGUGUAGUGAUGUUGGAGGGAGUUAUCUGAAUGGAGUGGAUAUUGUGGUUGAUGCUAACGAAGUUCUCUUCGGUGGAUAG